CAGCCUACCUAAAUUCAUAGGCUUCAACUGCACAUAGCCAAUCCUUUAUUUUAUAUCACUUUCUAUGUAAGAGUACUUUAUUCAUGAAAGUGUGAAAACAAAAUAGAAAAGAGGGGCUGAGAGAGAAGAAUCUACGGGAAGCAAACAGUGGAAAAGCGUUUUCUCUUCAUUGGAACAAACAGACUUCCAAGUUCAACGAUCAAGAAAGCAAUAUCCUCGUGAGAGAGAGAGAGAGAGAGAGAGAGAGAGAGAGAGAGAGACUUGUCCCCUUUGUGUCUAUCUUUGGACUUGGCCCAAUUCUCUUUCUCUCCUUAAUGCAACGAUUACUUCUUCUUCCGGUAGAUAACAUACAGCUUGAAGCUCGAAACAAAAAGCAAAGGUCUUUGAAAGAGAAAAAAAAACAAAAACAAAAAAUAUGACUGGGGCAUCAGGGAGAUUACCAACCUGGAAAGAGAGGGAAAAUAACAAGAGGAGAGAACGGAGAAGAAGAGCUAUAGCUGCAAAAAUAUACUCUGGGCUUCGAGCUCAAGGUAAUUUUAAGCUUCCUAAACAUUGUGAUAACAACGAGGUCUUGAAAGCUCUUUGUUCUGAAGCUGGUUGGAUCGUUGAAGAAGAUGGCACCACUUAUCGCAAGGGAUGCAAGCCACCUCCAUCUGAGCUUGCAGGGGCCUCAGCAAACAUCAGUGCAUGUUCAUCUAUACAACCAAGUCCACAGUCCUCAUCUUUCCCAAGUCCUGUACCUUCCUACCAUGCCAGUCCAUCCUCCUCCUUAUGCCCGAGCCCAACUCGUUUCGAUGCAAAUCCCUCAACCUACCUCCUUCCAUUCCUCCGCAACAUUGCAGCCAUCCCUAAUAAUCUCCCUCCUCUUAGAAUAUCUAAUAGUGCUCCCGUAACCCCUCCCCUUUCUUCCCCUACUUCUAGAGGAUCUAAGCCCAAAGCUGACUGGGAAUCCCUUUCCAAUGGCUCCCUAAACUCGUUUCGCCACCCUCUUUUCGCUACCUCAGCUCCAUCUAGCCCCACAAGGCGGCAUCACCGCACACCAGCCACUAUACCGGAAUGUGAUGAGUCUGAUGCCUCAACUGUGGACUCUGGUCGCUGGAUGAGCUUUCAGGCAGUGGCAUCCACAGCAGCUGCAGCUCCUCCUUCGCCUACUUUCAAUCUUGUGAAAAGGGUGGUUCAACAGAAUCCUCUCCAGGAUGGUGUCACUGGGCAUGGAGGGGUGACCUGGGGGACAGUAACAGAGAUGGGGAGAGGCUCUGAGUUUGAGUUUGAGAAUGGUAGAGUGAAACCUUGGGAAGGUGAGAGAAUACAUGAGAUUGGUGUGGAUGAUCUGGAACUUACACUAGGGACUAGCAAGACCUGUGCAUAAGUGUGAUCUCGAUCAGUUCAUUGUGCAUUCUCAUAUUUCUCGGUUCCUUGUGCCAUAUUCGAAGUCUUCUAUGAGUUCAUGCAUUGCUCAGAGAUCAUCAUUCCUUUACUUGCCAUGGCAUAUCUCUUUCACAUGUGAACAGUUUUGAGCCCAAGGGGACUUUACAAGAUCUAAAAAGUUAAGCCUAAUAUUGCAUUUCAUUGCCUAAGAAGGAAUUUACAGGCCGGGAGGACACUACAAGUUCAAUCUUUCAAGUUGUAUGAAAGAAAGACUCUGGCAAUCUAGAAAUUUAGGGGUUUCUAUAAAACUUGUUCCCCUUUCAAUGUUUAUGUUUACAAUUUUCUUAUAAAUUCUUCAUUUAUCUUAUGGUUGAUAGGAUUCUAUUUUGUCAGAUAGAGAGAUUGUGUUCAUUUUCUAGUUUGCAAAUCAAAAGGAUUUAUCAAUCCUUUGAUGAAAACACAAACUUAGAAUUUCAAAGGCAGCAAUUACUACUAUUUUUACUCACUACUAGUACCAGAUAUCUUGAUGGAAAUUGAUCCCUGAUUCCUGCUCUUUCA